AUGGAAUCAUUAAAGACAUCAAAAUGGGGGAGUCUAGCAGAAGAAGCUGUGAGGAUACCUGGGAGGAUAUUCAAUUUUGCUUGGGAGGGUCUGACAGGCUCGCCAUGGUGGGUGGUGGUGAUAUCCAGUCUCUGGCUCUACUUCGCUGGAUCAUUUUUCUUCGACGUCGCACAUUUCUUUCUUCACAAAUUCUCAAAAUCACGGUAUUGGAUCCUGCGUCAGAUAGGAUACCUUCAUGAAGUGCACCAUCUAUACUUCAACCGUCGACUCAAAUUCAACAACAGAUAUCUCAUCCAGAAUAUGGUCAUCGAACUACCACUAGAAUUAUCAUGCCAGCUUUGCGGAACAUGGCUAGGCUACCGAAUCGCUCAGGCCUUGAACCUCACCGGUUCAGGUCUUCUAUCUGAGAGACUCUUUACUCUCGUAACAAUAUUCCAAGUCGGUCGAGUCCUCGUAGUAGCCAUCCUCGAAGGCCGUGACUCAAACCACAAAUCCUACCCAAGAGUCGUCCCCAAAGAUCCCAACUCCUUCGUCGUCGGCCCCCAAUACCACGCCAUGCACCACGUCGAUCCCUCCUCGUACAUCGGCUCCUGCUUCCGCGUCUUCGACUGGAUAAUCGGCACCUCAUGCUCCAUCCGCUCCCGCCGCAUCGCCAUGACCGGCUCCUCAGGCGCCUUCGGCACAGCCCUUAAAGCAGAACUCCAAACCGACUCCCCAUCCAUCAUCCAAGAUCUCAAAUUCGGCAAAGAGUGGUCCUACAAGGACUACGACGCCGCAAUCCCCAUCCUCCAAAACACAGACAUCCUUAUCCUCUCCCACGGCUCCAAAACAGACCCCAUGGCCGCAAACUGCACCUCCGCCGUACACCUCAUCGAGCUCUUCAAAAGACACUACCGCGCUCGACCAGGGCACUCCCUUCUCCUCCCCGAAGUAUGGUACGUCGGCAGCGAAGCGGAAGUGCACCCCUCGCCGCCGGGGAACCAAAUCAUGAAAGACUACACGCGGUCGAAACGCGCGUUUGCGCGGCAUGCGAGGAAGUACUAUGAUGAUGAGGGGAUCCUGUAUAGGCAUAUUGUGCCGGCGGCUUUUAGGAGCCGGAUGGGUUGGGCGGUUGUGGGGCCCGGGUGGGCGGCUGCUGUUGCGAUGUGGUGGAUUAGGAGGGGGGCGAGGUAUGUCCCUGUGACGUAUACGGGGUUUGCAGUUUUGGGGUUUUGGAAGUUUCUGUAUCUUGUUGAGAAGGCUGCUUGA